AGCUUGGGAAAAACUUUAAGUAAAAGGUAAGAUGCAAAUUCUAAAAGAUCUAAUGAAAAGAAUGUUCCCGGUUCUUAUGAAUGCCAUCCUUCUCAGUACUUAUCGGGUACGAGUAUAUUUACUCGCAACGACUAGGUGUGAAGUGUCCUUUGUCUUGAGAAUAAGGUUCGGAAGGCAGACGAGGAAAUUUAGUGUCGUGAAGCUUUCAUCGAGGCGCGAUAAGUCCGAGCCGCUGCCGCGUUUGCUUCUCCCUCACAUCCAAUUUCGCUCUGUACCGCAAGUGGCUCCCAGCUUCACCGUGCUAACACCUGCAACCAGAAACUUCGGAAUCAUGGAUCCCCACACUUCUCCGAUCUCGUUGGAUAACAUCGAUGAUCUCUUCAACCUACCGGCGUCAAUGGCACUGCUGGGGGAGGAAGAUUUCGAAAUCACGAUGAUGAUGCUUGACAGCUCGGCACUUCGCAGGGAAGACUCGGAUAACCUCGACAUGGCUGAACUAAGCGACGCCUUCAACUCUAAGGACCCUGGGUCGCCUCUCGCCGCCAACGAACAACACGCGACAAGCGAAGGUGGAAACUCUUGCCUGUCGCCGGAUCUGAAGGUCCGAAUCGGCGGAAGAACUCCUGUUGGUGGCGCCGUGUACAUCAAACAGGAGAGCGACAUGCCAGGCUAUUCGCCGGUUAUGGACUCCUUCCUGCGAGAGUCGUGGGAUGACAUCGUCGGCCACGGAUCAAGAUCUGGUCAGCCAUCGUUAAAGCCAACAAGCAACUGCUCAAGCCCCUUUACUAUUUCGUUUACCCCAGGUCGUGUGAACCCGCUGCCGCUCAACUUCCUGCCCCCGAUUCCGUCGCCAGUAGGGGGUCAAGUAUUCCCGAAGAGCAUGCCUUACCUCACAUCAUCGCUGCCACUGCCCCCUGCGACGGUGCGCACGGUCUCCAACACGUCGACUUCCUCUUCGGUGUCAUCUGCUUCGUCUACCAAGUCAAGAAGCUCCAGAAGAGCUAAGCAGUGCAUUGCUGAAGGAUGCACACGUCGUGCUCAGUCGAACAAUCGGUGCAAGACUCAUGGUGGUGGAGCACGUUGCCAAGUCGCUGGUUGCGAUAAGAGCUCGCAAGGUGGAGGUCUUUGCCGAGCUCACGGCGGUGGCAAGAAGUGCGGUGUGUCUGGUUGCACAAAAGGAACUCAGCGCCUCGGCCUGUGCUACUUGCACGGUGGAAUCCGUCGCUGCAUUACGGAGGGCUGCACAAAGAAGGAUCGCGGCAACGGAUACUGUAUCUCCCAUGGAGGUGGUCGGCGAUGCGUGGCGGAAAGCUGCAACCGGUCGAUUAGCCGAGGCGAGAGUCUAACGUCCUCGUAG